GGUCUUGGUAGAUCGCUGGUCCGCGUCUCCACACCGGUCAACAAAGGCGAUCAGCGCCUGCUUCCCCCUCAUUCUUAGGAAAUCCCUCUAGUCGCAAUCUGAAUCCUUGACUUCAGCACUGGUUGACUUCGACUCUUCACUGCAGCUUUUAAAUUUCGUCCAACAGCGCUUGACAAACAAUUCCGUGAACCGCACGUCUUGGGGUUUUCCGUGAUCCGCCUCUCGCCUUCUCAAAGUCACCGGUGCGCCUUUUUAAUCGGAUAUACUUAAUCCUCGGCUACCUGGCAAUCGCCUCCAAAGCUUUGUCCGGAGUUCCUCCUGUCGAUCCUCCCCCUACCUCCUUCACAAGCAGCGCACGAGCACCUGCAAUUUCAAAUCAGGUGGGGAAACACGGACUUGUCUCAGCUGGCAAUGCUGUAUAGGACGUCAUAGCAGAUCGAAGGAAUAUACGCACAACAAUCUGAUCAGCAUGUCUACAGAGGAUCCGUUCUCUUUCCUCGGCGAGGAACAGAAACAAGCACACAGCAAGAAGCCGCAUUGGAGGGAGAAACUGUUCUCCAAGGACAAAAAAGCUAGAGGAUCUACAGACCAACAGAUUGAGGCCUUCCUGGCACCCACUCGUUCAAAGUCGUUGUCCUACGGCGCGACAGCUACCCAGCGCGAAUUGCGGCCGCUUCGUCCCGAUGCUGCCAGUCGUUGGCCCUCUGCUCAGGAUGUGCUCAAUGCUUCAUCCUCUAUCACAGCUGCCCAUGAUGUCACUCCAGUCGCGGACUUCACGAAACCUCCAUACAAGAGCCGUCCUCGUAAAGGAGUAAAAGUUAGGUUUGCCGAACGGAAGCCUGAGGUCAUCGGAGAAGGAGGAGAUGAAGUGGAGGUCCCAACAAUGGAGAUCUCGUUGUGUCGAAACAGAGCCCAAAGUCUGGAAUCCACGGAAUCGGAUAGCAAGUCUGAACCGGACGGUCCUCCCCAAUUGCGUCUCGAUACCUCGUUUGGAGCUGGUGAUGGGACUACCCCCCGUGAGCGGAACCGUGAACAUCCCAAAGCAUUGGCACUUGGAACAAGAGCCGAAGACUGGAAGCCACUCCUUCUCCAGAAUGCCCAGGAUGCAGAUUUCUUGAUGACUUUGAGCUUAGGCGAAAGAGGAUCUCGUCUUUCAUUUCGGGCCUCCCCUGAGUCCAAUUCGUUUGCGCAGCGCGUUCGGGCGAAAAUGCAAGCUGAGGAAGGUCUCGCUUUGCAACAUCGACUCCAAGAACCUACAUCGCCCGGGGAGGAGAAGGAAGCUCAAUCACCGGCUCUAAGGGUUCCAGAUAGCCCUAGUUCGACGUACGAGACGCCUCCGAUUUCGGAGACAGAGAUAAGCCCUCCGGAUAAUCCAUUCCAAGAUACCCCAAGCCCCCCUUCAGUCACGCGGUCUAUGGCGUCUGAGAGGCCCGUUCUUUCUCCGGUCCUCUCAUCCAGUAGCAAUAUGCAUACUCUUUCUUCUCCAACUCGCCAGCCAGCUCCGAGCCUCCCUUUGCCAGACGCUGCAAGCCGGCCGUCUAGUAGGGAUGCGCGGGAUACCUCUCGCAGUCCUCAGCCGCCCAAGUUCUCCCUCAAGUCAAUUGCUAACCAGUUGGGCGACACUGCUUUUACAGAUCUGAAAGCUUAUGUAGUACAAUUCCGGGACCCAAUUGAAGUUGCCGCCGAAAGUGCAAAGCCGCUGGUUGGGACUCCGCUCUCAGAAUGGAUGAGGGCGGCGCUGUGGUGGUUUCUGCGCGGAAAGAAGAGACUAGAAGCCUAUGCGCGAUCGCGCCCGUCGAGUUCUGGUGUUCGGUCACCUCAGACUCGACCCGCAGAGAGCGCGAAGCAGGCGAUCGUCGAUCUCGCCAAGGCACUGUGGAUAACGGAGAACAUUGUCCCUCAGCAUGAGGAACUGGCUCGAUAUGGUUCAAUGAGUGUUGAUGCUUUGCUCGCCGUGGCAAGUACGACUGGUAAUAAGGAGCUGGCAGAUCUACUGAGCCUUAGUCAAACGAUAUUGAAUCAUCUGCGAUCGCUGGCGAUGUCUAUCAAGAGGAACAAUAUUCUCAUGACGCUGUCACAGGAACGUUCACCAAGCGACAUUGAUACCACCGUCUGGGUUCAGUAUCCUGCAUUUGCGCCCGACGUUGCCGCGAUUUUAUCGGGAACGGCGACGAAAUCCCUCCUGGCGGACAACUCCGGCAAAGCGCACAGCUUCGUGCAGAUGAUGCCACUUGGCGAUACCAACCGUUAUUUCAGUUAUGGAAGCAUGUUCGUGGACGUCUGUAUCACGUCGAGCGACGAUGAUGACAAGCAACAUCCGAUACCAUGCGCGUUAUCCAUCAUCCGGGACCGAGCGGAUUGGUACGUUUUUGCGGCCAUUACUAGCCAGAGCGACCUGGUAAACAUCAUCAUACAAUCGGACAAAAAGAAUGGUCCUACAUGGGAAAGUGUGAGCUGGCAUGUCCGCUCAUACUCGAUGCGCGUCAAGCUGCCGCGCGGCUUCGAGUUACAUGUGCAAUUCCAGGAAGAGGACUUCAAGAACAUCUGGAACAUUGUUCAAUAUACCUCCAAGACCGAAGCAAGCCUCAAGCCGGAAAAGAAUGAGACCUUGGUCUUUGAGAACACCCUUAAGAGUUUCCGUUAUAUUGACCCUGGGACCCCCAAGGCAUUCCCUCCCGAGCCUGUUGAGAGGUGUCGCAUACGCCUUUUCGAGAGAAUUGUGCCGUUGACUGAGGGUACAGGCCAGCGCAUGCAGCAUCAGGGCUUCCGGAUAGCGAUCCUUACCAGUCCGAAAAUUAAAACCUUGAGCAGUGUGCGCCACAUUCUGGGACACGGCGCCCCCAUAGUCUUUGGCCUCCUUCGUGGUGACGAUGGGGCGCCCGCUUUUCUGCUGAAGGUUAAGGAGGAUGGUAGAGCCAGAUCUAUGCUAUUGGCAUUCGAAGAGCUCGAAGAGCGAACGACUUUGCAUUCCAUCCUCUUGGGAAUACAGCCGCAGGAGCGGGAAGGCAAAUCUCCCGAUAUCUCUAUCCGGGCUUUCACACUGGAACAACCCGCGGAUCGAGCCGCCGGAAGACCCGCCAAGGAACAUAUCCAGUUUCCGGCUGGUACUAUUUCGAUCAUAGACGAGCAAUAUAGCCGACCGGAUCACGGGUAUGGCCCUACUGUCCUUUCGGAGCAUCUGCGUGCCUUCAUCGCGACCGAAUGGGGCUCGGUUACCGAUCGGCUUAAUCUUGGUCCUGGCGAGCUGAAGCUCGGCCUCGAUGUCAACAAUCGAACCGGUCUUAGCCUAUAUCGACCGGGCCAGAAAGAUCUCACUGUCACCGUCGCGGAGAACAUGGUCAUACCCGAGAUGGCCAAUAAAUUGACUGAUUCACUUGAGAAGAUCAUGGCGAAUCCCACGAUUCGACGAUUCGACUUUGCAACCGUGCAGGAUCUCCAUGCAUUCCAGCGGGCUGUGACGGGAUUCAAGGUGCUCUUUGAUAGCGUGGCUUCAUCAUUCGCUAUUUCCCGGCGUCGCAUGGUGGUUCCCAUCACCAAGAAAUGGGAAUCCAGUCUUGCUCGGGUUCAGGUGAUUCGUAGGGACAAGGUCGUGCAGCUGGUGGCCUUCCUGAGUGAUUUUCAGUACGGAAGGUGCAUGAACUUCAUCCUCAAGGGCACCGACACCCUUGAGUCUUUCGGCAAAAGCGGAAAAUUCGGGGUUCGUAUAGUUGAUGCUAAAUUUGCAUUGCCGAAAUGCAACGACGAUCCUGCCUCGAACUUCGUCUCUCUGGACACACCUGAUUAUCCUAUGGAACAUGAUGAUAUCUCAAUAGCCUUCGACUCUGAAGCAGGUAUGUCUCGGAUUGUUAUCCCUCUCUUGCUUGUGCAGACAGCUAAUCGCCGGUUGUAGACCGAACCAAUUUCCAAUCCGCCGUUCCAGGAUCUGUCCGCGAACCAUCUCGGAUGGGUUCUCUUCGCCGAUCAUAGUUUCCGAGCCUGACGACCUCCUCCCCUACUUCAGAACUGAGGUACGGUAGAUGAUGAUUUCGAAUGCACAUAUCUCACAGCGGCCAGCGGCCAACCUCUUAUCUGGAGUGUUGGACCCAAACCCACGUAAUGUCACGUCACCGCAGCUCCACC